CCAUUUGAAUGCUCUAAGUGUGGUAAAUGUUAUUUUAGAAAGGAGAAUCUCCUGGAGCACGAAGCCAGAAAUUGCAUGAGCCGAACUGAGCAGGUACACGUGUGAAGUCACCACCAGUCUCCUCAGGGGGUGGGAGAAAGCUGCAGAUGCAGGUGCUGUUUUACAGAAGCAGAAUUCAGCCUCUUUCCAGCUGCUGGCAAAACCCUCCUUAUUGGAGCACGCUUUCUGGCUCCCCCAGAGCGUGAUGGAAGUCCAAGAGGUUAGCAGCUCUUCUGUUCAUGACAUGCUAGCACAUGGUUUCUCACAGGUGUCGUUGUUUUUUUUCCCCAAGCACAUGAGAGCACUCUUUGUCCUGGAAGAGAUAGGAGUUUUUGCAGUGCAGGUGAAGCACAUUAUCUAGGCAUGGUGCCCAAAUGGCAAGUGCUGCUCUCAGUUGCUGGGAUGGCUGCUGGCUUCAUUCCAACUCCUGGCAUCUUCCUUUCCUGUCUCACACAGAAGCUGAUGCCUUCCUUCUCUUGCAGGUUUUCACGUGCUCUGUCUGCCAGGAGGUGUUCAAGAGGCGGAUGGAACUGCGACUCCACGUGGUGUCGCACACGGGGGAGAUGCCCUAUAAGGUCAGCAGUGCACGUAGCUGUGCAGCCUGGUGCUGGGCCCAGCAGGGCGGGCGAGCCUUUCUCUUCUGGGGAGCCUGGCCUUGCCUGGCAGUAUCUGCCUUUCUCCUUGUCCUUAAUAUUGCCUUCACUGGUUCCCUUCCCUGGGAGCUGUCAAGUGCCUCGAGCGGCAGCAGAGGCAUUUCCCACCUCUGAGCUGGAACAGGCUCUUGAGACACACCUGAGCCAGACAGUUCUUUGUGGCUCUGCAGCAUGGGCACCUACUGCCUUGCUGGAGGUCUUUGUGUCGGAGCGACUCCCGUGCCAGUCAUGCAGGCAUGUCACCGAUCCUCUCCUCGUGUUGCAGUCACUGUCUGUGAGGUGGCUGGGAGCUGACUCUCCUGUAUUUCAGUGCUCCUCCUGCGCACAGCAGUUCAUGCAGAAGAAGGACCUGCAGAGCCACAUGAUAAAGUUGCACGGCGCACCGAAGCCCCAUGCGUGCUCAACUUGCUCCAAGUGCUUUCUGUCUCGGACAGAGCUGCGCCUGCAUGAGGCAUUCAAGCACCGGGGAGAGAAACUGUUUGUCUGCGAGGAGUGUGGACACAGAGCCUCAAGUCGCAAUGGCUUGCAGAUGCACAUCAAGGCCAAGCACAGGAACGAGCGUCCCUACGUCUGUGAGUUCUGCCAUCACGCCUUCACACAGAAAGCAAACCUCAACAUGCACCUGCGUACCCACACCGGUGAGAAGCCCUUCCAGUGCCACCUCUGCGGCAAGACCUUCAGGACACAAGCGAGUCUGGACAAACACAACCGGACCCACACCGGGGAGCGCCCCUUCAGCUGUGAGUUCUGCGACCAGAGAUUCACAGAGAAGGGGCCCCUCCUGAGGCACAUCGCCAGUCGGCACCAGGAGGGGAGGCCCCACUUCUGCCAGAUCUGUGGGAAAACAUUCAAAGCUGUCGAGCAGCUGCGUGUCCACGUCCGCAGGCACAAGGGAGUGAGGAAGUUUGAGUGCACCGAGUGUGGGUACAAGUUCACACGGCAGGCACACUUGAGGCGCCACAUGGAGAUUCACGACCGGGUGGAGAACUACAACCCCCGGCAGCGGAAGCUUCGAAAUCUGAUCAUUGAGGAUGAGAAGGCGGUGGUGGUGGCCCUGCAGCCACCCCAGGAGCUGGAGGUGGGCUCAGCUGAGGUCAUUGUGGAGUCCCUGUCCCACGGCCCCCUGCCUGAGGAGAUCCCUGUGCAGAGACUCUGUUCAAACGACAGCUUCCCCACGGCAGACGUGAUGGAGCAGUCGCUGAUCAUCGCAACAAUUCCCGAUGACUGUGAGGCCACGUGACUGCAGUCAUACCUCCCUACCAAACAAAGCAUCGGGCCUGAGUCACUGCUGCAUUUGUUCUCUUCAGCCUCCGGGAGCUCUAAGUUGUAUAUCCAGCCCUCCUCCCUCAAGGUAAUGAUCCCAGCCCUGGAUUGCAAAGAACGUUUCUAAUGAAGUGAUAAUCAGGAAUCAAAUUAAGAAAUAUGAAGCCACUCAGAACAACUACUUAAGUAAAUGUGCAUACAAUGUAUGAGACGAGAUGUGAUUGAUGACUCCAUACGUGUAAUACUGUGGAUUGUUUUUAACAAGCUCUCAGCUGUGGCUGGAAGGGAAGGCUAGCUCACCUGUAGCUCCAGUGCUAGCUCCUACCUUGCUCCAUUAGUUUUAUGCUGAUGAUUCAAGCUCUUCCAGAAGAGUGUGACACUGUCCCUUUCCUUAAACACGUGCUGAAACGACCCUUUCCUCAAUUAAAUCUAUGCCUUGUGGUUUCGUUAAGCUUCUGCUGCCCAUUACUGUUUCUUUACUACAUUAAAGGCAUGGUGUGUCUUCUUACCUUCUCCCCCACUGAACUCAUUUAGCUGUUACUCAGCUUGAAAGACAGGAGCACAGCCAUCCCCUAAGCUCCUGUUGUCAGAUGUGGGGAGUUGAAGUUGAAAUAUUUGAAAUAACAGGAUCCAGGGAGGCAUCACACAUCAGACUGGGUGCACACAUCACACCCACGACCCUUUUCCUUCUAGCACUCACCUGGAAGGCAGCCCUCUGGGUUAAAUGCAGCUCAGGCCUGGAAUGAGAAACGUCAGUGAAAGCUUAAUUGUGGUGAUUUUCGCAUCAAAAGGAAUGCAGACGUAAUGUAACAUCUUUUAUUUAACUUGACCGUUGCAAGUAAACUUAAAAACAAACUAUGAGAAUAAAAAUACAUCAUCUGUAAA